UCAAAGCAGGACGAAUUGUCAUGCGCGGGAAAUAGGAGAAGUUUGAUGUUGUUUAGCGCAUUUUUACCUAGACUUUAUACGUGAUUUGUAGAGGGUGCCGCCAUGUCUGAUGUGCCUUUGCCUCUAUCAGCUCUUGCAUGGCUGAUGUCGCCUACAUCGUGUACAAAUAGCUGUUUUGAUAUCACCCAUACUUGGACUCCUUCUUGCUUUAUGGGGUCCUGGGAUGUGUUUUUAUCGGUAAUGAUCACCUCAAUCACACGGAUCUACCCGCCUAUAUAUCUGAUUGGUGCUCUAUUGAGAAAAGAAAGCAUGGACUAUUUCAAGUUUAGGUUUUUUCGAGAUAUCUUGCAGUCAUCUCUGGCAAUAGCUGUGAAUGGUAGUGGGGUCCUUGCGGGUGUAUGUGUCUUUAGAAAGCUGUUUGGACGUUUUUACUACCUGUCAAUGAUAUUCCUCCCUGGGUUGAUUGCCUCAUUUCUCGGCAUCAGCGUUGAGAGGAGAGAGCGACAAGGAGUCCUUUGUCUUUACAUGUGUAAUCAGGCUGCAGAUAUGAUCUACCAGAAACUAAAGGCAAUGGGAUACAUUUCUCCAGUGUGGUGUGGUGAAGUGUGGUUGUUUAGUAUUACAACAGCCAUAAUGAUGUAUUUAUACAGAUCAAGAACUGGAAUGAAAAAAGGAGUUCUUCGAUCUCUUAUUGGGUAUUUUAUAGGUUCAAGUAAUCCAGAGGAAAUACUAGCUAAAAAGACAGAAAAACCUUGGCUAUUUUUCAAUAGAUCAGAAUACAAGAUGUCGUUAUCGUGUAUCAAACAAUCCCUGAAGGCAUUUAUCACUGGCUAUAUUCUUCAAGUUCUUCCAUCAAUUCCUAAACUGAUAAAAAGGCCUGGGUUACUUCUUAAAGUGCUUUGGAACUCUGAGAAUUUCAACUGUGGACUUUUCUUAGGGAGCUAUGUAGCAAUUUAUAAGUCGGUAGAAUAUGCCCUGACGUAUCUAAGAAAGACGCACGACGAGUACAAUGCGGCAAUUGCUGGUUGUUUAUCUGGCCUGUCGAUGUUUUUCUAUCGAAGCUCGACGGUUGCCACAUACCUUGCCUUCAAAGUUAUCGAGACGGCGUACAAGCACGGCAAAGCACAAGGCUUGCUUCCCUCGUUACCACACGCCACGGUGUUGUUAUACUCCGUUAGUACAGCGAUGGUCUUUCACGGGCUCACGUUUGAGGCCCAGCACGUUCGGCGAUCGUACUGGAAAUAUCUGAACACCAUCACGGGGGACAGAUUUUGCGAGAUCAACAGAUAUCGACUGGGAGAGGUUUUUGGUACAGACAGCGUCAAGUUAUUCCCCGCUGAAAACAUACGCAUGUCUCUAAACAGUUCUUGAAUGACGUUACAUUCGGUCUACCCUGGUUCCAGAGCUUCGAGUUCUGGUUCCAGAGCCUUAAACGUCUCUCUAUUUAGUGGCCAGCGAGCUUGAGACGUCUAAAGCUCGCUGGCCGCUAAAUAGAGAGACGUUUGAGACUCUGGAACCAGGGUACAUUCGGCCAAUAAUUUCGGCACAUCCGGUGCAAUCUCUGAUUCAAUCAUAAAUCACGUGUUACAUUAUUCAGACUUGUAAAUACGUUGUGUAUAAAGUGUAUAAAAAACA